UGACACACGGUCACUCUAAUCGAGAAAGCAGAAUUCGGGAGUUGGGUGCGCGUCGCUCGGACAAACAAUUGUUAAUUUGUGGACGCUUUUUCGCGAGUGCAGACAUAAGUAAAGCCAAGAUGUCUUCGGCUGCAUUCCAAACUAGAUAAUUGGCCAAGGCUACCAUUCAAGUGCAGCUGCAACGGCUGAAAAGUGUCGCCCUGCGUCGGCGGAGAAAUGUUGAAUGGGCAGCAGCGUCGCGUCUAACAAAAAGCAAAAAAAAAAAAAAACAAGUACACACAUCCGACAUCCGAAUGCACAUAAACAAGACGAGACACCAAACACAAAAUCGAGUGAAAACCUAUUUUAAAACCAAAAGCUAUAUUUAUUUUGUUGACGCUCAGGAUUUUCUGCUGCGAGUGCGUGCGCGUGUGAGUGCAAAAGUGCUGGUGUGUGGGCUGUGCAUACCACGGCGAAUAACUGCAAUUGCAAUAGAGAGCAGACACAUACACACACACAUAAUUGGAUUAUGGCCGCACGGCAAUAAGAACAGAACGAGGCAGCGAAAGGGGAGCAGUCGCCAAAACAAAACUGACUUCCAACUGCGAGCGCUUCCAGUGCAGCUUCCACAAGUGCAACGUGCCAAGAAUCGAAGGACUAUCCAUUAACCAUUCCAAAUACCGAUAAGAUACAAGCAAACCAAGUACACAAGUCUCUUUUAUCGAGCAAAACGACAGUGAUUGAUAUAUAGUUGCCACAUUUUUUUUAUGUAUUUGUUUAAAAAUUUUGCUGCGUUCAGUAAAUAAGUCGAGAUUCGUUCCUUGGCGUUAAUCGGUUACCCAUAGUGUUAUCGUUAACAAGACCAUGUGGUAACCCACUAAUCUUACACGAUUCGUUCAGUUUCCCGUGACAAGCAGGCAGGGCAAGAUCGCCCAACAUCAAAUACUUAAAAUAUUAAAUACUAAAUAGCCAAAACCAAGCACUAGACAACCCGGACACACACAUCUCAUCCAGAUACGACAGCAACAUACGUCGUAGCUGAUAAACAUGAGCCUGAAUCAGCACAGUGGACCCGGCCCACCGUCGGAGAGCUGCGGCCUAGCAGUGGACCAGGUGGAUUCCUCGGGCCACUCAGCCCCAUCUCCCUUUGUCUGGCCGAGCACAGCGGGUUUGUGCAGCAGCACCACCACCUCAGCAUCACCACCAAGUGCAACGUAUAGGGGAGGAGCAGGCGACACAGCGAGUGGAGAUGGAAGUGCAGAAACUGCUAUCCACAAUGGAGGAGGGAUUGCGAACGGUAUCGCGAACGGUCUGCCGCCAGCGCCCGUGUCGCGGGCUAUAUCAUCGGAUCGCCUGGUUACCGGCAUAUCGUGCCGGGCUCUGCGCACCGCCGUCUCAGCAUUAUAUAGCGUUGAUGAUUUUGUUAAGGAGAAAAUCGGAUCGGGCUUCUUCUCGGAGGUUUACAAGGUCACACACCGAACUACCGGCGAGGUGAUGGUGCUGAAGAUGAAUCAGUUGCGGGCUAAUCGACCCAACAUGCUGCGGGAGGUGCAGCUGCUCAACAAGCUCUCACAUCCGAAUAUACUGAGCUUCAUGGGCGUCUGUGUGCAGGAGGGCCAACUGCACGCCCUCACCGAGUACAUCAACGGCGGCUCCCUGGAGCAGCUGCUGGCCAACAAGGAGGUGGUGCUUAGCGCCACGCAGAAGAUAAGACUGGCGCUGGGUAUAGCGCGCGGCAUGGCCUACGUCCACGAUGCCGGCAUCUUCCACAGAGAUCUGACGAGCAAGAAUGUACUUAUUCGCAAUCUGGCCAACGAUCAGUAUGAAGCCGUUGUGGGUGACUUUGGCCUGGCCGCAAAUAUACCCGAGAAAACGAGAAAGUCACGCCUCGAGACCGUCGGCUCACCGUAUUGGGUCAGUCCGGAGUGCCUGAAGGGCCAGUGGUAUGACCAGACGAGCGACGUCUUCUCCUUCGGCAUCAUCCAGUGCGAGAUCAUUGCCCGCAUCGAAGCGGAUCCGGACCUGAUGCCGCGCACUGCACCGUUUGGCCUGGACUACCUGGCCUUUGUCGAGUUGUGUCCCAUGGACACACCCCCCGUGUUUCUCCGCCUGGCCUUCUACUGCUGCCUGUACGACCCUAAGAGCCGGCCCACUUUCCAUGAUGCCACAAAAAAGCUAACGCUGCUCCUGGAGAAGUACGAGCACGAGUCGUCGGCGGGAGCUAGUCCACUUAGCUCCUUAGAGCUGAUCAACUGCUCGCCGGGAGGCAGUGAUUCGGAGAAUACUACGGCAAUAGCAACGCCCCGCACUUUGGCGGAGCCCACGGUGGCCACCAUAUGCACGGCCCCGGCAGGCACUUUGACACCGCGCCACCUGCGAGAGGUGGACGAGGAGGGAUUCCGUUUCCCUAGUAAAAAGUGCGCCUCGGCUGCGUUACCAGGAACGCCUAAUGGAUCCGCCGGUAGCAGUGGCUUCGACGAUCACAUACAGCAAUCGCGGGUACGGCGCGCCACCCAGAAACUGGAAGCCGAGAUCCUGCUGCAUCGUCGCUCUCUGAGCGAGAACAUCAUCCACUUUCCCAUGCAUACGUCGCCAAGCGACAAGGCGCGGUGUCACCAGAUGCAGCGCCAGCGCUCUUCCACGCACUCCCCGACGCCUCCGAGGCAGCUGGCUUCGGUUCAGUUACCCGCCACGGCGAUUCCGGAACCCCCGCCUCUCCCUAAGCCAAUUCCCGCAGUCCUUACGUUGCGCAAAGUGGGCGAAACGAUGUGCUUAAAGGAUCCGCAGUACAAGCCGACGACUGGCAAGGAUCACAAUGGCUCGAAACCGAAUCCGUUCGAAGCGCUGGCACAGCUUCGAGGCGUCAAGAAGAUCCUGGACGCCAAUCCAAAGACUUAUGCAGCAGGUGUUGGGGAUCUGUUCAGCUCUUGCUUCGAGACAUUGGCACCGUUCUUCAAGGAGCUGGCCGCUAUGCAGAGCAAGGCGGCGGUCCAGGGGGGUGGACUCCAGGAUGAGGGAGUUUCCACAACGGCAGCCGCAACCACGGCAGCUACACCCAGUGAACCAAAGAGCCUGCCGGUUUCGCCGCAUCUGACGCGCAAGUACAGCGCCAUAGAGCUGCGGCUGCCCCAGCGGAUCAGCAAUGCUGCACCAGCGAGCAAUCCGCCAGCAGCAGCAGCAGCAUUGCCGCCGGAUGAGGACGACUGCGAUGACUGUAACUCAGAGGGCGAGGAUCCUGAUGGCGGUGGGAACUGUGCGGAUGCAGAGUCCAGCAGCGAUGACAGCGCCGUGCGCCCAGCUACCGUGCCAACUGUCCGUAAAUACAGAGCGAAUUCCCUGUACACGCACCCGCUCUUUCGGGGCACCACCCCUGGCACUAGUAGUGGCCUGAAGAGCGCCAGCACCGGCGAGUUCGAGAGUCCGGCUCUGCUGAAGGCCAGCGCCUCCACGGUCACGUUGACGGCCUCCACAGCUGGGGCAUCCAAUUCCUGCGAGGAUCUGACUGACAGCGCCAAGAAAUCCAAAGAACAAACUAAUUCCAGUGCGGUAGCAGCGGCCACGGUGGCCUUGGUGUCACCCACUCCGCGCUUGACGGAGACCCCGGCCUCCGUAUCCUCCUGCACGGAUCUGGACCUGGACGAAGUGAAGAACACCUGCGAUUUGAGCGAGCUAAAGAACUCGUGCGAGCAGCUGCCACUGAAGGCGAACCUCACGCGACGCGACUCCAUCGAGAGCGGCUUCUUCUCGUGCUUCAACGAGGAGUCGGAUGCGGCGAUAACCAACAGCAGCUUCGGCCGCCAGCUGAACGGGAUGGGCUCGUUGGGGUUUGGUUGCGGCGGCGGGGGCAGCAGUAGCAGCAACUGUUGCUACGAGCAGUUGAAGGCGCAGCUGUUGCUCGACACAGGUGGCAGCGCCAACAGUGAACUCAACGAUAAACUUGCGAGUCUGUGUCGCUGCUGCUACUACGCCACCUCCACAUCGAAUGCCGCCGUUACUGCUGCCGCUGCCGCGGCCCAACAGCAACAUCAGAGUCAUCUGCUCAACGACACCUCCUCGACAGCGUCCCCGUCUGUGCUGCUAAUCGACAACGAUCCUGCUGUAAUUGGAGGAAACACCUCGUCGUCCACAGCCCUGGACUCGAUGGACGACCUAGACGCCGAUAUUGUGGCUUCGCGGCCAACACACCAACGACGUUACACCUGCCACCACGCCCUGCUCAGCGGCAACGGCAGCGAUCCCCAGAUGGCCGCCACGGCGGGUCUGAUCAAUCGAUUGGCCCUGGACUCGGAGAUUCACACGCUGCUGCAACGCCACCCGUUCGCAACGAACCAGCUUCUGUACUGCAAGAACCGCACCUCGUCCAUCUACACGGACAGUUCCGACGACAUCAGCAGCCUGGCCGGCUCCGAUUCCCUGCUGUGGGACGAGCGCUCCUUCACGGCGCUGCCCAGCACACGAUCGGCGCAGAUAGCCAAGAUAGUGGAGUAUUUCGAGCGGAAGCGGCAGGACUCCUCGCCGCCAUCGAUGCACCAUCGCAACGGCAAUGGAACGGUGGCCGCUGCCGUGGCUGCUUCGGCGCUGGGGUCCAACUACCUGUCGUAUGAGGCGCGUCGCUACUCGGACUUCAAGCGCCACCUAAACACGGAUGGCCUGUGCUUCGACCUGGACAAGAAGCCGGCGCAGCAGCGGAUGAUGGUGUGCGAGGGAGCCGUCAAAUCAAAGCUGCCCAUUUUUGAUAAAAAGAAGCAGCAGGGCGGCUAGCGAAAAGACCACACCGGAUUCAAUUAACACUUACAAUUCAUAAAUUUUUUUUUUUGUUCAGUGCCCCGGCAACAUUACUGGAUUCUGUAAACUUUAUACCCUUAUAUCCUUUCACUGCGGAAAGCAGCCCUUGGUAGGUGUGAAUGAAGAUGUAAUGGCGAAUUUGAUUGCCCAAAAAAUUGUGUUAGUUAGCAUAUAAACAACAAGUGUACUUUAGUUUAUAUUUAUUUCCUUACCGUCAGUGUGUAUAGGGCGCAAUUGCAAAUAAGCCAAAACUGUUCUACUAAGAAUUAAGCAUGCCCGUCUAGCCGUAAGAGAAACCAAUUCGUUUUUAUUGUGUCCAAUUAUCAUUUAAAUGCGAAUGCAUAAACGAAACAUAAUCAUAUGUCGUACUGGUUCCUAGUCCCUAAAAUGUACAUCGCUAGAAACAUACUAUGCUAAAUUAGUGAGUAUGCUGGAGUAAGACCGAUCGCGGAAAGUAUUUAUUCUAAUUAUUUAAACCUGUCGCUGGUAUACUCCUAUGGAAAUGGCAUAGCUAUUCGUAACGAUAGAUUUACACAUACGAUUACCGCUCUAUUUAUUUGAUUUUGUCCAACCGCUGUAUAAAACGAUUAUGUUUAAAUUACAAUACAAAAAUAUAUAUAUAUAUGAUAUACAUAAAAUGGCAUAUUGCAAUACAUACAUUUUACCUGUAGCGAUUAAUUACCUUGUAAGGUUACAUACAUAGACUUAUCCACUUGAGGUUGUAAGACUUAAAACCCCAACCCCUGCUUCCCCUUCGAAAAUUGUACAGACGAACACCCCCUAUCAUAUUGGCCAAUCCCAGUGGGCAUAGUUACGGCAUAGGACUUUAGCUUAGUUCCUUUAUUUACAAAACAUGUGGUUAUCUGCACUACAAAUAAAUACAUUUGUAUACAAACAUGCAUCAGAGCCAGCCGAUCGCUGAACAAUUGAUGGUUUUAAACGAGUGUAUUACCAUUCGACUUGAUUUCUGUUUUACUUUAUGGACUUUGGCUGCAAUUAGACUUCAAUUAUAACACAUAUUGCAAGAGCAAGGCGAAGACUGAGCCACCGUUUUUCAAUUGGCUAGUAGUUUCCACUAUACUAACGUUAGGACAAAAUAUACAUACACAUAUUGUAGGUCGGAGAAUCAUUAGGAAUAUUUUACUUUACCAACGUAGCGACACUGUCUGUUCAACAGAAGCAAUGGAUUAGGGAGAAGAUUUAUGUGGCAACUGUAAAUAAAGUACGGUGUGUACAUACGAAUUCUGGCAGUAUAAGUAGCUGAUAUUGUUGAGAUAUAUAAGAAGUCGUCCAUUCGAGCAUAACACGUCAACCUCAUCAUCACAUCGUCUUGUUAAAUGGGCUCUAAGCAAAGCCAAAACAUUAGAGAAUCAUGAAUUACAAAUUCACUUCCGGUUGCCAAUCAAACAUUUUAAUGCACUUACCAAUGUAGGUCUAUCACGAACAUAAGUAUUCUAUUAUAUAUAUUAUUAUCAACAUUGAAAUCGCAGUCCAUCCCAGGCAAACAUAUGAACGAAAUCAGUUUCGGUUUUUAACUGUCACCAAAUCGAAAGCAAAUAAUUUUGUAAAACUGAAUUGUACUCGUUUAAUAAACAUACUGAUAUAGAAAAAACCCUUUAA